AACAAAAUGUGGAAAAAGUCAAGGGGUCUGAAUACUUUCCGACUGCACUGUAUGCUAGUGAUAUUUAUUAGUUACUGCACAGUGAUGGCAAUUUUCCCAGCUUUAAAGCUUAUUUUAAAGCUUAUUUUAAAGCAUGUGGUUUAUUUAAUCCAACAAGUAUCUAUUAUAUUGACAGGAAAGUCGUGUGACCACUCUUACAAUGGAACUGCAUGUCCUCAAAGAUGGAAGUCAGGCGAGAUCAGGUGGGACAAUUCUAGCCAAUGAGAGGGCAGAUACGCGUGUGAAUAAGAGGCACAAGUCCGAUAUAAAUUCGUUUUUUUCCUAAGUUGCCGAAAUGCCACGUGCAUCCACUUAUAUCAGUGCAUUCGUAACAACCUAACCAUUACGACACUUCUAUUCGAUCAAAUAAGCUUCACGUAGCAAAUUAGUAAUAGUUUGUUUUAACAAAUUCGACACUCAUUGACCUCCAUACAAGAAUUCCUCACUUUGAUCUUUUUUUCGUGGUGAUUCUUGUACGUGCGCGUUCCCAAACCUGACGCUUCCUCCCUUUUAUCAACAAAAUUCCUCCCCUUUCCUAUACGUUGUCAUCACCCACCCACCCUCUUCUGUGAUUGAGCGAAAGCCUUGUUUACGCGCGCGCGUUCCCAACCGGCACCAGUGGGGUGCUGUCCAGCCAGCGAUUUGAAGUAGUCUUCUUGCCCGGCUACUGCUGUCUCUUGUCUGUCCAGGAAUGAGAAGUGAUGGCCGGCUCUGCAACAGAGGAGAAAACCUUCCGAAGGUUCUUGGAGCUCUUCCUCCGAGAGAUGAGGCCACCACUCCAGGAGAACGACCCUGUCCCAAUGCGCCCUUUAUCGGACCUCACCUCGGAGGACGAAGUGGAAGGGGAAUGCCUCGAUAUGUGUCUUCAGCACCUGUGCAAAUAUAACUGCCCCUUCUCCCUGGCGGCUGCCCUGGCACGGGCUACAGUAGACAGUGUUCUGCAGAGUGACCUCUCCACCUACCACGUCCAGAAGACUGUUGAGGAUGGAGUAGACCCUUUCCCCCAGAUUGAGUCGGUGGCAUUUGCCAGGCUCAUUUUCAACAAACUGUGUGAAACAUGCUGCCUGUGGCUGAAAGACUUCCCUUACCGCCGCCGGCCUCAGCCCUACUACGAGACCUCCAUCCACGCCAUCAAAAACAUGCGCCGCAAGAUGGAGGACAAACAUAUCGUCAUCCCCGACUUCAACACUCUCUUCAACAUACAGGACCAGGAGGAGCAGGCCUUCUUCGCCGUGUUCGAUGGCCACGGGGGCGUGGACGCUGCCAUCUACGCCGCCAACCACCUCCACGUCAACAUGGUGCACCAGGAGUGCUUCAGCCAGGAUCCAGGGGAGGCCCUUUGUCGCGCCUUCAGAGUCACCGACGAACGCUUCAUUCGGAAAGCAAAAAUGGAGAACCUGCGCUGCGGCACCACAGGGGUGGUGACCUUCCUGAGGGGGCGGACCCUGUACGUGGCCUGGCUGGGGGACUCUCAGGUCAUGCUGGUCAAGAAGGGCCAGGCCGUGGAACUGAUGAAGCCUCACAAACCUGACAGAGAGGAUGAGAAGCAGCGUAUUGAAGCUCUGGGAGGCUGUGUCAUCUGGUUCGGCACAUGGAGGGUUAAUGGCAGCCUGUCUGUAUCCAGAGCCAUAGGCGACAAUGAGCACAAGCCCUACAUCUCUGGCGAUGCCGACCACCACAUAGUCACAUUGGAUGGCACGGAGGACUACCUGAUCUUGGCCUGCGACGGCUUCUACGACACAGUCAGCCCUGAUGAGGCGGUGCGUGUGGUCAGCGACCACCUGACGGAGAACAGUGGCGACAGCACCAUGGUGGCCCACAAGCUGGUGGCCUCGGCCCGCGAUGCUGGCUCCAGCGACAACAUCUCCGUCAUUGUGGUCUUCCUUAGAGACCUCCGCGCGCCCCCCCCGGGAGAGGAGGAGGGGGCAGGGGAGGAGGUAGAGGAUGAGGAGGUGGAGGAGGAAGGGCAAGGGGAGAUGGCAUGCCAGGACGGCGGCACUGCGGACGUUGGGGGGAAGGGUCACUGUUUCCUGCAGCAGUGCUCGGCUCCAGCCGACCUGGGCUAUGAAGACCGCAUGGACUCGUUGACGGACAGAACCAGCCUAGGCCUGCUGGGGCCCACGCUGGGAGAGGAGGGUCCGAUCAGGCUCCCCCUGGCCAGCUCACACCCAUCCCCGUCCUUAGGCCUCACCCAGAACCUCAUGCCUGCCGAUGGCCAUGGGGCGGCCUGGUUGCCCUGUCUAGAAGAGGGGCUAAAGGGCUCCAGGCACAAGCCCCGGCCUAAACUCCGAGUCCCCACCUGCCAGGAGCCCAGCUCAGACGGACAAUGGCCCCUGGCGGCCGCCCUGUUUGGCUACGCGGGGAGGCACACACGGAGGAUGGAGUGCGUGAGCCCCAGGUGGGGGUGGGGGUCCCGGGAUUGGGGCCGAGCGCCCAGGGAGCUCCCCGGCCUGCUGCACUCCACCCGUAGUGUGCCCUACCCCCUGCGCUGCCCUGAGAGAAGGCCUGGAGUGGCCCUCCCCCACCUACCCAACGGCAGCAGAGUCUGAUGAUGUGACGUAAUCUCCACUAGCUCCUCUCUCUCCUGUCCCUUCCUUUAUCUGACUACAGUCAUUCAUUCAUCCAUCCAUCAUAAACUCCUCAUCCAGGACACUGGCACCACCCCGUCCGUCCAUAUCUACAUGCACCUACCCCUCCCCAUAGCCACACAGCCCCAUUCAGGAGGCCGGACAUAACAAUUUACUGCUCCUGGCCCAUAUUGCAAACACACACUGUACUGUACUCUCAGAUUCAUAAUGGAAUACACAUUAUCCACUCACUCCAUCUCCAUAAAUGGGAGUAGUUAAUACAGGAUUAUAAGAUUAGUGGUCACUUACCUGAAUAAAUCCAACAUAUAUAGACUGAUAUGUAUUCCAGAUGGGGUUACAAUAGAGGAUAAUGGCAUCUAAAAGGGGAUAUUAUUAAGAAAUGAUAUUCUAUUUAUAAUUUUGGGGAUGACGUCAUCCAAGAGCGGGCAUUAAUCAGUCCUUGCCAUGCCUGUCAAAUUGAUGUUUACAUAACACUAAACACAAGAUGUGUUCUCAUUGACGAGAAGUCUUUCCUAACAGGUUGGGUGUGAGUGAGUAAGUUCCCUAUCAGGCAUUGCAAGACUUACUGGGCCAGAAUAGUUCAGACAAAGCAGCAGAACAUAUGCCUUCAAUAUCUGUCACUUAAGACCAUUUCCUGAAAAAGAAAAAUGGAUGGGAAUUUUGAGCCUCAGUCGACAGAGUCCCUUCUAAGCUUCCCAUUACAAUGCGGACCCAUGUGUGUCAUAUCACUUACAUGGGAUGCUUAACCAAUCACUAUGCUGCUUUAGAAUUUCACUAACAACAAUGGAGCAUAAGAAUGAUCAAUGUCAAAGUCUUCAUCUCUGGUUUGACAAAUAUAGUAAAUGAAUCUUAAUCUCAUUAUCCUUUCAAAUGUGGUCAGAGCAUUGGACUAGUAACCAGAAGGUUGCUAGAUUGAGCUGACAAGGUAAAAAUCUGUUGUUCUGCCCCUGAACAAGGCAGAUAACCCACUGUUCCUAGGCCGUCAUUGAAAAUAAGAAUUUGUUCUUAACUGACUUGCCUAGUUAAAUAAAGGUUAAAUUAAAAAAAAAUGUAAAUGCUAUCUAGCAAUGACUAGGUUCUAUAAAAUGUGCCUCCACUCUCCUGGCCCAGGCAACCACCAUUCAAUAUUUAUCAAAGAAGGUUAAUUCUCGCUGUUGGAAAAACCCAUCUUUAUACCCUUAAGAAAACAGGAAUUGUUGGUGCCAUUCCUGACAUUUUCAACUUUUACUAACACAUUGUGCCAUUUCCAUACUUUUGUUUAAAAACCUCACCCGCUCCCGUCCUCCCCAGUCUCAUUGAGUUCCCAGGGGCAGGAGACAAGGACACAGGAAACAAGUGACCAAACCACCUCAGUGACCCACAGUCACACGGAGAAACACCCCCAGCCAGUCAGUCAGUUCCCAGUCACUGUCAUUGCUUACUGCUCCUCUGAAACAACUAGUCGUCUGGUCGCCUGCUGGCCUCCCCACUGAAAAGCAUGGUAGUCAUUUACAGAAGGCCAUUUGGACAGUCACCAUUAUGCAUCUCCAGAGAGCAGAAUGUAUUCCAGUUUUAGAAUGUACAUGGAGCCCUCCCGGGACCUUCAUAGACGGGCCAAUAGGACUGAGACAGUAGUGGUGUUCUGGACUUGUAGCGACGCUCCCUGUGUGGAUGUAAGAAAAUAAUUUCUGGAUGCAGUACACCUGGAGGACAAUAUUCUGGAGGUGUUUUGUUGAUCGUGGGAGAGGAAAUAAUGUAUAAUUUAUCUGCUAUCAGCCGUAUCCUCAAAAAUCUGAGCAUUCUAUCCUGGUGUUCCACUCUGAAGGAGCAGGAUGUGAAUAAGCGUACUGCCUCCCGGGUUAAAAGAUGCCCAUGCUUCUGCAUCUUUCUCUUUGCGUAACCAACACCUGCAUUUCGACUCUCUGACCAAUUAUGAAAGACAACCAUAAAGUUGAAUAUAUAAAGGUAGUUAUCGAAUGCCCCGAGUCCCCCCAACCUCAGCCCCACCCACAUCACCUGCUUUUUUGGAGCUUUCUGCUUCUUUUUGAGAGCAAAAAAAGUGCACAUCUUUCCCUAAACAUUCCUCACACGGGGCACCAGUUGCUUAUUGAAAUAGUACUACAUUCAUAUUAUGUACAUGUAAGUAUGAAUGUGUGCAGGCGUGUGUGUACGUGUUGAGAGUAUGCAUGUGGUCUGUCUUAUACGUCUGCUAUAUAAAAUCACCACUGUAAGGUCACCAGGAUGGUGGCACAAUAUUCUGUGUUGAUAUCAAGCUUCACAGCCCCCAGCAAUGUACUGUACUGUUCAUGUGACACAUUUGGAAUGAGAGUCGUAUACGUUAGCAGUGCUUGAGUGACAAGGGAACAUGGGAAUUGAAAUGCUCCUCAAGGACCAUCCACUGAAAUGUCAAAAUGGUCACCCCCUCAGUCUAUAAGACGCUGAACCUUAACCAAGCCAUAAACAGAAAAGCGAACUCUAUGGUUUCUCAGCUAAACUUGCUGGCUCGCUUAACCCACAGUUCUUCUCUUUCUCACCCACUGCUGCGGUACAAAGGACCCCCCCAUGCCAGUAUGACACUUUCCCUAAUGAUAGUAAAAAAAACACACAGAUCAGGUCUCUUCCCCUCUCUCCCCUCCCCUUUCCCAUGUCACUCAAUUGCUCUCAUGACUGCACUGUGUCCACAAAACGUUUUGUUCCUGUAAGCAAUAAUGAAUCUUUAUGAGUCGCGCGUGGAAAGGCUCUCUCAGAGGGUUUGUCUUCACUGAGAAAGGCAGAGCUAGAGCCAGAUCAAACUAACAACAGUCACCCUCCUAAACUCUUACCAGUGCUCACAUUGACAUGAGCACACACCACUUUACUUCUGCUCGAUGGUAGUAUGGGACACAAUCUAUGAUGUACCCCUUGGACAGUUGUCGCUGUACACUAAUAUGUUUGGUGGCCAAAUUGAAUUAGUCCCAAUGACAAACACAACAAAGGGCUCUAUUCAAUCUGUAUAACUGAAGUGUUACAGAUCGCGCAAUAGAAAUGUAAAGGUCAUUUCCGAUUGAGCUGACAAAUGCAUUGUUUACCGUGAAUGCAGUUUCCACUAACAUGGGAACAUUGCCUUUAAAUUUCAAUAACGCUGUAACGCAAUACCUCUGUGAUAUGGAUUGAAUCCAGCCCAAAGUGUCUCUAAGCUUGGCCAGCCUCCUCUCACAGGGCGGUUCAAACUCUGUCCACCAGGCAUCCCUGAAGACAAACCCAUGACCAGCUGUUCCCCAACCUGCAGGUUAGGUAAACCAGUAAAAAGUUUCAGUAUCUGUAUUUUCUGUGUUCUUCUCGUAAUAUAAAUAUGUGUGUGUAUCUUAACUGGUAACUAGUAUAAAGAUUAAACCAAG